GUACUUUUAACGUACAUGAGAAAGCUGUCUCAUUAUAACUUAAUAAUAUGCCUACCUGGAAGGGAGCCCACGGGGCAAAUAAGGGGCGUGGUUCUACUUGCCCCUUAUUUGCCACCAAGAGCAUAUAAAAUUAUAGACGUUUGUAAUACGUUAAACUGACAUGAAAUUACAGAAAACACUUCUCAUCAUGAGCUUAUAACCCAGCUCAACUCACUAGAGUUCAAAUUCAUGUUCAAACAAAUACAAGACAGACAAUGAGAAACAAAAUGGCCCUCACAGACCUAUCGCCGGAGCAGUGGCCCCUCUCCGCUAGCGCCACAACUCUCAUCGGCGCCGCCACUCUCUACUUCAUCCUAUACCACAUCUCCUCGCGCAAACUCGACCCACGCGAGCCUCCCAUCCUAGCGCCAUCCAUCCCCAUAAUCGGGCACAUCCUGGGCAUGGCGCUCUGGGGCGGCGCCUACAUAAAAAACAUCGGUAUCCGACGGCGUGACCUCCCCAUCUUCACCCUCCCCGUCCCCGGAUCCCGGAUCUACGUCGUAGCCGACCCACCGCUAGCCGCCGCCGUACAGCGCGCAUCCAAAAUCCUCUCCUUCACCCCUAUAGUCCCAGAAGUCACGCAGCGGGUGCUCGGCCUGGACCCCGCGACCAUGGAAAUCACGCGACAGAACCUAGACCCCGGGCCGGGGGAUGAACGCGGUUUUCUGGCGGAUAUCCAGGAUAUGGUUUAUCAAUGGCUAGGCCCAGGUGAUUACCUCGCAGAGUUAACGCUGGAUGCAGCGCGUGAGAUGCGCGAUGACAUCGCCGCUUUUGCUUCUUCUUUACCCCCGACCCCCACUCCCACCGCCCCCACCGAAUCCACGGAUAUGCUCGCCUGGGUACGCCACCUCGUCAGCACAUCUACCGCGCGCUACCUCUACGGGCCCCAGAAUCCAAUUGCUCUCAACCCGUCCCUCGAAACCGCAUUCUGGGAUUUCGAUCACGGACUCGGCUCGUUAUUGAUGAGUAUCGCGCCGUCUAUAACCGCGCGACGCGCGUAUCUCGGCCGCGAGCGGCUGUCUGCUGCGUUAUUGACGUAUCUACAAGAAGAUCUACACACGAAGAGUGGGUCUAAGAUUGUCCGCGAAAGAGUCGCUAUUGCGCAGCGACACGGAUGGACACUACCCGCGAUCGCGCGAGAGGAGUUGUCGUUUCUGUUUGCGGGGAUUGUGAAUGCGACGACGUCGACGUUUUGGAUUUUAUUGCAUUUAUACGCGGAUCCGAAGUUACUCGCGGAUGUGCGACGGGAGGUAGAAGCUGUCCUAAUUAAAGGGGAAGGGAAGGGGAAUAAGAAGACGUUGCGUAUGAACGACCUUCGGGAUUCUUGUCCUGUUCUUGUGGCUGUGUACCGCGAGUGUCUGCGUCUUGGCUCUGAUACGUACUCGACGCGAUUGGUUAAGGAAGACUUCCUACUAGCAGAUACGUACUUCUUAAAGAAAAACUCGGUAGUACAGAUCGCGGGCGGUGUGAUCCAUGCCGAUGCGCGCAUUUGGGGGAACGAUGUUGAGGAGUUUAAUCCCGGGCGAUUCCUCACGGAAAAGCCGCAACAACAAGGAGAAGAGAAAACCAAACAGAAGAAUACUUUCCACCCCGCCGCUUUUCGGGCCUUUGGUGGUGGUAAGACGUUGUGUCCCGGACGCCACUUUGCUAUGAAUGAGAUCCUGGCUUUUGUUGCUCUGGUUAUACUACAGUUCGACAUGAAGCCUGCGCGUGGAGACCGCAUCGAGGUACCUUCGAAAAACGACGGAGUUCUGCCUGUGCAUAUUUUAGAACCGAUGCGUCCCAUUGAGGUGUUGAUCACGAAACGCGAGGAUGGGUUUGCAAGGGGUGGUUUGGAUGUUGAGUUUGUUGUGUGAUGGUAGAAUUGCUUAAUGGUUAGGUAUUAUAAAUAGUAUAUGAGAGAUGGAUGACUAGACGUUUAUAUGGUGAUAACAGCGGUUAGUAUAUAUGGGUUACGCUGGAGAUAUUUUGACCGGGGUUGAUGCCGCAUUGGCAAGAGGCUUAAUACGCGGGGUAUGUCUAUACUCAAUCCCUUGAGGGGAUAAGCUUCUAUAUAUACAUUUUAUCAUUCUUACCUCGGAUAUAUAUAAUCUUUUUUAUCUUUG